GUUUUGAAGGCUCGUGAACGGUACAAGAAGCUAGUCUCCUCCCGUGACAUACCUGAAAUACAACAACUACUCACUGAAAAUUCAUACGAGACCGAAGGACACACAGUUAGCAUCGUAGAACUGAAUAUGCAGGAUUUAUCGAAGAAGAAUGCACUGAUAGGAGAUAACAAAGGCUCAGAUUCGAAUACAGAGAAUGAAGUAAGCGACACCGAGUCCAGACACAGCGAAGAGAUCGUAGGAAUGUCUUUAAAAGGAAAAAAGGAGAAACGAUCGAAAUCAAUGAAAGAGCGUAUAGAAAAUAAUGGAACGGAUGUAAAGAAAGAAAUAAAGAGGAUCGCGUUGAAGAAAGUGAAGGGCAGCAAAGUUUUUCAACAGAAACAAAAGUUGGAGAGGCAGAAAAAUAGGAAGGAGAGUUUGAGGAAACGGAAGAGGGUCGAGAAAAUUCAAAAACGGAAAGGAAAGAAAUUGAAAAAAUACAGAUCAUAGUUUGUAACAUAUUUUC